AUGUGGAUUCUACCUCUCGUUGGGUAUCUCGGCUCCAUCGUGGGCUUCUGCUUUCUGACGCUGGCCAUAGCUUCCGGCCUCUACUACCUCUCUGAACUAGUCGAGGAACAUACCGUCAUCGCGAAACGACUUCUAACUAAACUCAUCUACUCUAUCAUCGGACUUCAGCUCAUACUCUGGCUUAUCGAUGGAUUCCCUUUGGGCCUGACCCUAAUGGGGAUUGUAUCGCAUGUUAUAUACCUCGGAAACAUGCGACGCUUCCCAUUCGUCAAGUUGACGGACCCUUUGUUCGUCGCCUCGUGUGUGCUGGUACUGGUCAAUCAUUACUUUUGGUUCCAACAUUUCUCUGAGGCGCAGCAACGGUCAUACUCGCGCCUAUCGUCUAUGUACGACCAGCCGGAUGUACCAAGUUUCACCGAGAUCGCCUCGUACUUUGGCUUGUGCGUAUGGCUUAUCCCGUUCGCCUUAUUUGUUAGUCUGUCCGCCAGCGAUAACGUUUUGCCCACAAUCGGUACCGAACAACCCUCGCGCGACGUUGACGGGAAAAGUAAGCGGCAGGGCAUGGUAAAAGUUAUUGUUGAUAACGUGCUAUCGGCCAUCGGAGAAGUUACCCGUUUAGCAGGAUGGAAGAAGCCAGAGGACCGCUUCUAA